AUGCACGACGAAGGCGGAGAAGCGGGCGGUUCUUGCGGUCACUCAGCCGCACAACACGACGAUCCAUCCGGAGCCACCGCGCAACAAAUGUUGAACGAUUCAAUCUCGGAAGGGAUCUCAAGUCCGCAUGAAUGCGGUGGCUCGACUACGCGAAAGGAGAGCUCGCCAUUCGCGCGUUUUCCUCGCUAUAGCCACGAUUUGCGUCACCAUCCGCCAUGUGGACAUAAUUUACGGAGUAAACGUUUGAACGGGAUCUCGGUGGCGUGUCAAACCGAUUCAACUGACGAGUUUCCGAGAGAACAGAAUUUGUUGGCGGUGCGAGCCGCUCAAACGGAAGCCUCAUCCUCGUCAUCGGAAGGAGUGCUCCGAUUGAUGAUACAGAAUUUUCCGAAUAUGAACGACACCGUGCGAGGACCAAGUAAAAAGAUCAACGGGGUGCAAUGGAAGAUCAUGGUGAUGCCGAGACAACACGUCGUGCAGAAGAAAGGCACACAGAAAUGUCUCGGUUUCUUUCUGCAAUGUUGCCCUGAUGCGUACUCGGAUGCUUGGCAAUGUCAAGCGUCGGCGGAGUUGCGUUUGAUCUCGCAGAAGCCGGGCGUCAACCAUUUCACCCGGAAAACGAAUCACAUCUACACGGCUAAGGAGAACGAUUGGGGAUACUCGUGCUUCAUGACGUGGGCGGACAUUUUGGAGGAAGACCAAGGCUAUAUCAAAGACGGUCGAGUCGUUUUAGAGGUGUCUGUUAAAGCGGACACGCCAAAAAACAUCUUGACCUAUGAGGACUUUCAAAAGCAAAUUCAAAGCUGGUACGACCUGGCGGAACUACAGCAACAGCGGGGAUUCAUCGAUUUGGCAUUGGAGGCGAACGCGCAAGCGUUGAAAUUCUGCAAAGACCGUGAUGCAGCGAUCAAAGAACGUUUGGAAGAGCAGAAGAAAUUUUUCGUCGAGCGAAAACUUGUCGAGAGUAUUCAGAGGAUCGAGCAGAAAGGUACAUUGACAAGCGUGCCGGAUGAUGAGAACGCCUCGCAAAAUGCUGUUCGAUUGGCGCUCACUCAGAACACUGCUCAGAAAAUACCAGCUGUAAAAGGAGGAAAAAAUGGGAAGAAAAAUCCGACCAAUAAAAAGAAAAAUCGUGCCUCAACUCCACCGGGCAAUCCACCAACGGAAAACAAAGAUGACAGCAAAGAUGGAGAUGAGAAAGUGGACGUGAAAAGUGGACGAUUCUCGAAGAAUGUUCUCCUUCGUGGACAUCGAGAGGAUAGUUAUGCAAAUUUGGCAAAACAAUUCUACGAGAUGCCACCAGAAGCGAUCCAGCUGGAUGAACAGGACACUAGGUUGGAGGACGAUUGCUCAUUCUCUGACGGUGCUUCAUGCUCAUCGGAAAGCGAUUCGGGCAGUGGUGACGGGCCACAAUUGAAGAGGAGUCGCUGUGAUGUGGACGAGCGCUGUGAUCAUUGCAUUCUCGCCGAGAAACUCGAGCAACUCUAUUUUGUUGGACCGAAAAAAUCGGACAGCGAAUGUCAGACGGAGCCCUUCUGUGAGACGGUGGUGUUGGCACAAAAUGAGGCCGCGAAAAAGAAUCCAGCCGUUGGCGAAACAGUGCCCGUUCCAACCGUUCGCUUGAAUGCUACGCAACGCUCAAAUCGACAAAUCAAAACGGUGACGAAGAAAAACACGGCGGUUAGCGGAAAAGCUGCGGCAAAUGCUCAAGUGAUCAGUCAACAGUUGGCAGCAAUGCAACAAGCACAGCUAACACAGCCACCAAUCCCACCACCAACCUCAAUGAUGCCACCACCACACGAGAUGCUCGACGCCUCUCAGUUCGUUCAAGGAUUGGCGGCUGCCCAUUUGGCCUCAAUGCCUCCACCACCCGGGCUGAGCACUGAAGAUCUAGAGAAACAGUUCCGCGAGUGCACAAACGAGAUGCAAGUGGACGAGUCGACAAACGAGUUCUUGAAGCACACUUUCGCGAGAGUUUGGACGAUGAUGAGAGGAUUCGAUGAUCAAACGGUAAAUUCGCAACUCAACCCCGAGGUGCCGAAUGUUUACGAGGGAAAUCUCUACAAUCCGUAUCCAGGACAAGUGCUACCGAAUCAACAAGUGAACAUCGCGUUGUCGGUGAUCGCCGUGUGCUGUUUGAACGCGAAAAAAGCCGAGGAGAAGCUCAGCGCCAUCACGCAACACAUCGACAAAAAAAUCAGAAAUCCUGAUGUGCAAACAGCGUUGCGAUCCCUUUGCAAACUCGGCGACAUGGUGGUUGUCGAGGAUGAUGAGGACUCGGGAAGUCCACUUCACAAUGAAGACAAACACGGUGGAGAGGAUUAUUUGUUGUCGCGUCACUUGGCUCGUUUGGACAAUCUGCAACAGAAAGCCGAAAAAUACGCUUACUAUAUUCACAACAAAGAUGGAGAAAGAUUGAUGCAAGCAGUUGCGGCAGUCGAGCAAAAGUUCUUGACACUCGAAAAGGAGAAGGUGAAAAUGCAGAAACAAGUCGAAGAGCACAAGAAAGAGGUCGAGAAAGCGGAAAAGACCCUCACGAAACACCUCAGCGAACUCCGACAAGAAAAAGACAUCAAAGACAAGCUAAAUAAUCAGCUAAAAGAGAAAAACAAAGAGAUCAAGAAAUUCGAGAAACGAAUCAAAGAGUUGACUGUGAUGGCUGAAGAAAAGGAUGAGUUGAGAGAACAAAAGGACAAUAUUCAAAAAGAUCUCUCGGCUGAGAAGAAAAAGUAUCAGGAAUCGGAGAAUCGCUUGAAGAAGGAAACAGCCGCGAAAGAGGAGCUGAGAAGACAUCUGCAGAAUGAGAUCAAUGGGAAAGAUUCGGAGCACGCACGUUUGAUGCAAGCACACGAGGAAUUGAAGCAGCAGAUGAAGAAGAUGGAGACAGCGAUGAAUGCAGAGAAACAGAAAAUGGGACAAGUGUUGCAGCAGACACAGGAAAGGGCAAAGAAAGCCGAAUUGGUGACAAUUGAGCUUGUGUACGAGCAUGGAGUGAGGAAAUUGGAUCGAGGAAGAGAGGAUGCCACGAUCAAUAUGAAUAAGAUGGAUGAAGCGGCGACAAGAGCUGGCUCCACCGCACAACAACAAACCUUCUUGGCGUCGCGGGACGAAUGGAAAGGAGUACUCGAAGAGAUUCAACGGAUGGUUGAAAAGGCAAGAGUCGAGUAUUCGGCACAAGUGGACGCACUGAAGAAGGGAAAACAAUUGAGCGAGAUGACCAAAUUCUUGAUUCCGAAGCCACCACCCGCUCCAAAGAUCAUCACCAUUCCGUCAGCCACCCCAGCCGCCAUUCCAACACAACAACAAGUUGUGCUGCCACCUGAACCACCAAAGGCCUCACCUGGAGUGAUCGGUUCUCGCACAAAUUCCACUGCAUCCCAGCUGCCUGCACCAAUCGGCACAAAUAUCUCUCCAAAGAACAAAGCUCCCGGAUCGCCGAUUCAGAAACCGGUGGCCACCGUCGCUUCACAGCCACAAACCGCCAGUCCAUGUAGACAUCCAGGAGCUAUUGGCUCUCGUGCUAACGGCAACGAAGCAACUCCGAGCACCGCUGCCGCACCGGGAACUGCAUCAAAUCUGAAUAUGGGUGGAUCGUGGCACUGGAAUGAUUUCAGUUUAUCCGACAAUUUGCUUGGAAAUCGUGGUUUUGGGCCGCUCACAGACAAUUUUUCGGCAUCAGCGUCCACCAGCACCAACCCUGCUCCCACCACCACAACGCAUGCAACGACAACGAAUGGAUGGUCGGGUGAUGGAUGGAAUCAGAAAACUCCAACCGCCGUACCCCCAACAGCAAAUCACAACUAUUUGGGUAGUUUGGGGACAGCCAGUCCGAGUUAUGCGGUUUGGGAGAAUCCCGGUCCUCGCGCCCAACAACCACCCCAACAAGCGAACAUUCCACAACCACCACAGUCUCAGCCACCGCCACACACUGCCGCUCCCGGAGCCCCGAUUCAGCAGAACCAGAGAAUCACACAGAAAUACGGUGGCGAAGAAGCGUUUAAACAUCAAACGAUCCUCGAGCAAGUCAGCGAGAUCUUUCGCCACGUCGAAAAGAAGAAAUUGGUGAACUUGUCGAACGAGUACUGCUAUCAGAACCAAACGAACUUCCAACACGAACCAAUUCCGAUUGCUGUGAAGAUCCUGGAGAAGUACAUCACACAAAAGCUGAACAACGAGACGAACGAUGCGUCGAAUCGUCGUGUGAUGGGCACUCCGAUUCAACCGCCACCCGGUGUCACCCCGAGCUACAUGAACAUGGGUCCAUUAUCCGGUUUAGACAUGCCCAUCAGACAAACACCUAAUCAAAUGAUGGGCACGUACAACACGAUGAUGGACAACUCGCUUCUCAACGGCGAUGCCACUCGCUCGGUGAUCGGCGCCGACAAGUGGAGUCUUCAAAAUCUC